AUGGCAUACCGCAUAAUGGUCUUUGCACCACGCAAGUCCAACAUCACACACGAGGAAUUCAAAACCCGCUACGAACAGCACAUGCGCAUGGUAGCGGGUAUCUGCGGCGAUGCAGCCCCGGUUUCGCACACACGAUCGUAUCUAAAGCAUGAUGCGGGAUCUAAUCCGAUGUUGCUGGCGGGGAGCGUUCACGAGACGUACGAUGUCGUGGUGACCAUGUCAUUUGAGGAUGAGGCUGGGUUUGGCAGGUUCUGUCAGGCGUUGGAUACGCCAGAGGCUAAGGCGAUGAUUGAGGCCGAUGAGGCCGGGUUUUGGGAUCGGGAGAGGAUGAAGGUUAUGGUUAUUGAGGAUGUAAGGGAGGGGUUGGAGUAG